CAGAGGAAUGAGAUGCGGAGUGUUGCUAUGAAAGAGGUGGAUUUACAUGAAGGACAGAGCAGCAGAAACAAGUGGGGUGGAGGAGGGGGAGCCGCACACACUGGGACAAGAUCAGCAGCUGUCGAGCUGUGGACAGUUCAUAACUACUGCAGAACAUGCCUUGAAGAUGAGCUGUCCUCAGGCUGAGUUAGAAGAGAAGGAUUGUCCACUACAAGAGGAAUUCGAGUGUAAAAUCUGUUACCAGCGCUACAAUGCCAACAAUCGCAAGCCUAAGAUCCUGGACUGCCUGCACCGUGUCUGUGCCCGCUGCCUCAUUAAGAUCCUGGACAUUGCUGACAGUGCAGUCUGUAUUUCCUGCCCCUUUUGCCGACACGAGACUGAGAUCACAGAGUAUGAGGUGUCCAGCCUGCCCGAUGAUGCUAACAUCAUGUCCCACUUAGCAAUGUGGGACAAAUCCUGGAGCUCUGACCACAACAGGGAGGUGAUCCUGACUCCAAAGAGCUUUUUGUCCUCCAGCCCAUCACAAGACUCCUCCAACUGCCUGGUCAUCACCAUUAUGGAAGUUCAGAGGGACUCACAGAACUUCCCAAGCCACAACAGCAGCUCUGACAUCUAUGCUGAGCAGAGCUUGGACUCAGUAUCAAUGGGUUCAAAUGGGCCAGCUGAUCAGGAUGCCCUCUCCAAGUUCUGUAAUCAUGUCCCACGCAUCCUGGUCUGGUUGCUGGGUUUCUUAUACUUUGGCUCACUGCCUCUAGGAAUCUAUUUGUUGGUAAUUCAGAGAGUGACUUUGGGCAUUGUAUGUGUUAGCUUAGUUCCUUCAAGCCUUACAGUUUGCCUGGUCUAUGGAUUCUGCCAGUGUCUGUGUCAGGGGAUGUGUGACUGCUCCUCCAGGGGCUGAUAUGAUGCUAUUAACCUGGUGGUCCUAAGACGGGAUAUAGUCAGCUGCAGAAAACUACUUUGGUUUGUUAUGUAGAGGCCAAAGGUGAGGGGGAUACCCUUUCCCAAAGAGGAGAAUGACCACCAAACAGUUUUCUUCAUGGAAAUAAAAUGCCAAUCGCAACACCUAAUUAGAUCACCUUUAGCAAUGAGCUAUGUUUUUAAGCUUUUAAGAAGAAUACUGAAAUUCAGAAGCUAGUUUGGCCAGAGCCACUGACAAGCUUUGUUAGUAUGUGAAGUGCCUAUCUCUAGACUUUUGUGAUGUAUUUUUGUGACCUUAUUUGUUCUAGGGGGCAGUGUUGCAGGCUCAGGCAGCUCUUAAACACAGGGAUAUUGUAGGGCAGGUACAGCACGGACAUGGUGGUUUUGGUUCACAACCUUCUUGGAGCAAAGCAGCAGCAGAUGACUACUGAAGAGAUUAAGAGGCAGGUAGAUGUAAAAAGGCAGUCUCCCAGGCUCAGCAGGGACAGUGGAUGAGGUGGGAAGAUGUAGAAAGGAAGAAACUUAGUUGGAGGGAAAUGUGGGACAUGGAUUCAGGAAGGAUUAGAUUCUUUCUAGGCGCAACUUAUGAUGGGCAUUUCUCUCCCCAAAGUCUGAAUAGAAGGAAAGGUGAGGACCCGAUAUGUCCCUUGUGUUCAAGUGUAGCAUCACUUCGGCACAUCCUCUCAGGGUGUAAAACAAGCCUGGCUCAAGGACGAUAGACCUGAAGACAUAAUCAAGUUUUGAAAUGUUUAGCAGCAGCUACUGAAAGCAGGCUCUCAGAGAUAAACUCUGAGUGUAGGAGAUGAAGAAACAAGAGGGGAUUUUGUUUGUUUGUGAGGGUGAAAAAGGCAGGAAGCAAGUUAUUCUGAAUAGGCAGGCCAGCUAAAGGCAGAGGGAGAGACUGGCACAUGAAAGUCAGAAGCACAGCAUACUGUGUAUUUUGUCGAGCUUACAGUUCCCUGGGAGGAUUCUGUAGAUACAGCUUAUGAGAGGAAGAAACUGAAAUACACAAAAUAAGCCAUGGAGGCAGAGAAGCGUGGCUUGGAAGUUAAAGUCCACCCCGUGGAAGUUGAUUGUAUGGGAUUUGAAGCCAAGCCAGCUGUCUCUCUACUAUGUGAGUUAGGCUCUGUCCUUUUAACUCACCUAAGACAUGUAAUUGAGAAUCUAACUGACAGUGCAGCAAGGUCCAGUGAAUGGCUCUGGAGCAGAAGAAAUGUGGGAAUGGGGUAAAAAUAAGUAGAUGAUUUAUUGAUUGAUUGAUUUAUUCUUUCAAACAUGCAGAACAGAACAGAACAAUGAACAAAUGACAAU